CUUUGCACUUACCUUGUGUCAAAUCAAUGGGGUGGAAUGCACCUUUACACUAAGUGAGGUUAAAGUAGACAGUGGUUUGUUAUGAUGCGUGAAGCAGAAGGAGAUAGCUUUCUACAUACCGAAGAAUGUUCCCAAAAGGUCACCGACACGGCGGAACUGCUCCGGCGGCCGCUCGAGAUAUACGUCAAGGAGGAGCGCGAGUCGGAGUGUGAAGACGAGCAGGCGGAGGCGGUGGUCGGCUGCGACCCCCUGUACGUGAAGCAGGAGCCGGAAUACUCGCUUCCAGAAGAUGCGGCCAGUUUGCCCGGUUCGUCGAAUGUAAAGGAGGAAGAGGAACACGGAGACGCAGAGACAGUGCCGACGAGACGGGGGCGGACUCGGAGUACUUCUAUUGCGACACUUGCUCGCAAGUCUUCACCUCCAAGUCGGACAUCGCGGACCACGUGCGGACGCACGCGGACGGCCACGUGUGCGGGCUGUGCGGCGAGGUGUUCGGCGCGGUGUCCCGGCUUCGGCGCCACCGCCCCGACUGCCCCGAGCGGCAGCUCGCCCUGGCGGCCGGCCGCCUCCGGGCCCCGAGGACGGCGAGGCGCGGCGGCAGGCGGGGGGCAGCGAAGGGGGGCGGCAGUGACGGGGGCCGGCGCUUCCCCUGCGACGUGUGCGGCGCUGCGUUCGCCUACCGCAGCUCGCUGGACGUGCACCUGCGGCGCCACUCGGACGAGCGGCCGUUCGCGUGCGGCGUGUGCGGCGGCACGUUCAAGCGCUCGGACCAGCUGCGCACGCACGCGCGCCUGCACUCCGGCCACAGGCCGUACGCGUGCGACGUGUGCGGGCGCACGUUCUCGCUGGCCGGCAACCUAGCGGUGCACGCGCGCCUGCACACGGGCGAGCGGCCGUACGCGUGCGACACCUGCGGCAAGACGUUCCGGCAGGCCGUCUGUCUGAAGAGGCACGUGCGCGUGCACACGGGCGAGCGGCCCUACGGCUGCGGCGUGUGCGGCCGGCGCUUCACGCAGGGCGGCAGCCUCAAGGCGCACGCGCUGCUGCACUCGGGCGAGAAGCCGUUCGGCUGCGGCGUCUGCGGCCGUGCCUUCCGCCGCUCCUGCCACCUGCGCGACCACUCCAGGGUCCACGUCGCCGAGGCGCGCCAGCAGCAGCAGCCGGCCGCCGGAGCCGGCCCGGAGAAACCCGGAGAGGAGGGAGCGGAAAAGUGACUCUGUAGGGGUAGGGGGUCGGACCUCUCUCGCUGUCGCCUCAGAUAUUUCCCCGUCAGUAUAUGUAUUUUUUACGAGCAGUACAGUGAUCGGCCCGUACUUACCUUCGUGAUGUGAAAUUGCAAAUACUGCCAGUAGGCGCGUUUAGCUCUCGGAACCCGUACGUACCUUUCUGGGCUGAGAAAGUGGGGAGGAGCGGCUCACUGGGAGGGUGGUGGGAGGCGGAGGUCUAGUAGUGUAGUGAGGUGAGAGAGGUUCUGUGGAGAGUCGGUACAGUGGGGUGAGAGAUGGAGAUGUAUUAGGAGUGGGAGGAAAGAGAAGUUGAACGAAUAUUGCAGUUAAGCAAUAGGGAAGUCGCAGAGGGGGCUACGGUAGUGGGGGAGAGGGAGAUAUCCACAUAAACUACAGAACAGUGUUACGAAAAGGACAGUUGCUACUCACCAUAUAGCAGAGAUGCUUAGUUCCAGAGGGGCACGACAAAAAGUGUCACAGACAAAGCUUUUCUUCUGUCUGUCUGUCUGUCUGUCUGUCUCUGUGUGUGUGUGUGUGUGUGUGUGUGUGUGUGUGUGUGUGUGUGUGUGUGUGUGUGUGUGUGUCACUUUUUGUCUUACCCCUCUCGGACUAAGCAUCUCCGCUAUAUGGUGGGUAGCAACUAUACCUUUCAUAAUAUUGUUAAAUUCUGUCCUCGAUUUUCCAUUGUUUAAACUACUGAACAGAUACAGCAAAUAAUGAAAUUCUACCAACGGAAAAGCGGCACAUUGCCAAAGGAUUUAUUUCUCUGCUCAUGGAGCUCACUCAGUCUGUUUGUGUUUGCCGGUGAUACUUCCUCUCUUCUCUGUCCAGACUCCCUCCCCUCUUUCCGAGUGACUCUGCCCGCACUCCUGUGUCUGUGGAGCACCAUGCCUCGCCCCCCCCCCCCCCCACCUGCCCCCCCCCCCCCCCCUCCGCAAUCUGUCUCAGUUCAUUAUGUUCGUCGAUAUAUUUUUGUGGAAGACAACUCUGCAGAAUGCAUCUUUGGGUUGGGUUUCAUUUCUCGUCUUCCUUAUUGUGUUUCAAGGAAUGUAUACAAGUUCUGUGAUUGUGGUUUUGUGAAAGUAAGUCAAUUUUUUUUCCAGCCACUUUCACUGUAUUUCUGUGAGACAACCAUAAAAUUGUGCGGAUGACAAUAAAAUUGU